UGAGCAAACUCCCCACGCACUUACCAGUCUCAGUAAAGUCUCUGUGUAGAGAGAUAAAAAGGCGUUGUUCCUACGAAGAACCCUAGCAGCCUCUCUCUCUACAUCAUGGCUUCACGUCGCCUCCUCUCCUCCCUCCUCCGCUCCUCCUCCCUCCACCGCUGCCCUUCCAAACCCCACCUCGCCAAACCCCCCUCCCCUCGCCCCUCCCCCUCACCCACCGGCUUCCUCCUCAACCGCGUCCUCGACUACGCCACCUCAGCAGCAGCGCCAACCCCAUCCCCACCCUCCCCGCCCAAAGCCCCCGCCCCGAGCGGAAAGAUCACCGACGAGUUCACCGGCGCCGGGUCCAUCGGCAAGGUCUGCCAGGUCAUCGGCGCCGUCGUCGACGUCAGGUUCGACGAGGGGCUGCCGCCGAUCCUGACGGCGCUGGAAGUGCUGGAUAACUCGAUCCGGUUGGUUCUGGAGGUGGCGCAGCACUUGGGGGAGAGCAUGGUGAGGACCAUUGCCAUGGAUGGGACUGAAGGGCUCGUGAGAGGACAGCGGGUGCUUAACACCGGCUCGCCCAUCACUGUACCUGUUGGCAGGGCCACCCUUGGCCGAAUCAUUAACGUUAUUGGAGAGCCCAUCGAUGAGAGAGGCGAACUAAAAACCGAUCACUAUUUGCCUAUUCAUCGAGAAGCUCCAGCCUUUGUUGAGCAAGCAACUGAACAAGAAAUCCUUGUCACUGGAAUCAAGGUGGUUGAUCUCCUUGCACCAUACCAAAGAGGUGGAAAGAUUGGAUUGUUUGGUGGUGCUGGUGUCGGGAAAACAGUGCUUAUUAUGGAACUGAUUAACAAUGUUGCAAAAGCCCAUGGUGGUUUCUCUGUCUUUGCUGGUGUUGGUGAGCGUACUAGAGAGGGUAAUGAUUUGUACAGGGAAAUGAUGGAGAGUGGUGUCAUCAAGCUUGGUGAAAAGCAGGGUGAAAGCAAAUGUGCCCUUGUGUAUGGACAAAUGAAUGAGCCCCCGGGUGCUCGUGCUCGUGUUGGUCUUACAGGUUUGACUGUGGCAGAACACUUUCGUGAUGCUGAAGGGCAGGAUGUGCUGCUCUUCAUUGACAAUAUUUUCAGGUUUACUCAGGCUAACUCAGAGGUGUCUGCUUUGCUUGGCCGUAUCCCAUCUGCCGUCGGUUACCAACCCACUCUGGCUACGGAUCUUGGAGGUCUCCAAGAGCGUAUCACUACUACCAAGAAGGGUUCUAUUACGUCUGUCCAAGCUAUUUAUGUGCCUGCUGAUGACUUGACGGAUCCUGCUCCAGCAACCACUUUUGCUCACUUGGAUGCCACAACUGUGCUGUCGCGUCAGAUCUCUGAGCUUGGUAUCUAUCCUGCUGUCGAUCCUCUUGAUUCCACAUCUCGUAUGCUCUCCCCGCAUAUAUUGGGUGAGGACCACUACAACACUGCUCGUGGAGUUCAGAAAGUUCUUCAGAACUAUAAGAAUCUUCAAGAUAUUAUUGCUAUCUUGGGAAUGGAUGAGCUAAGUGAAGAUGACAAGUUGACUGUUUCUCGUGCUCGUAAAAUUCAACGGUUCUUGAGCCAGCCUUUCCAUGUUGCAGAAGUGUUCACGGGUGCCCCUGGCAAGUAUGUGGAGCUGAAAGAGAGCAUUGUUAGUUUCCAGGGAGUCUUGGAUGGAAAAUUCGAUGACCUUCCUGAACAGUCAUUUUACAUGGUUGGAGGUAUUGAAGAGGUCAUUGCCAAGGCAGAGAAGAUUGCCAAGGAAUCUGCUUCCUAGACAAGUCUCACUGUUAUCAUUUUCUUUUUUACCCUUCUUGAUAAUUGCAAAUUUUAAUAAUUUAGAUCUUGCUGGCGAUGCCAGCAUCGGAGUUUGUUGUUUUUGAAGACGAACCUUGUCAGAAUUUUCUUUCUGUUUGUAUCCCAACAGUAGAUUGUGGCGAAAAACAGAGCCGAGGGCCUCUGCUUCUCCCCUUUUGUGUUAUCUUUGCCAUAUAAUAAAGGGGAAUAUGCAAGGUGGACGUGUAUAUUUGAAGAAUUAUUUUCAGGAUUUUUGGAAGAUGACCUGAUUAUCAAA